AUGGAUACUGGAAGCCACACUACUUGGGUUCAAUGUGAAGGUUGCAAUCCAUGCUUUUCCCUAAUACAGACACCCAAUUUCCCAUUUCAAAGAUCUCAAAGUUAUAGGUCCAUUCCAUGUGGUCACCAAGAGUGUCCGACUCCAAGAGAAGCUUGCUAUGGAUCAUCCUGUGGAUUCAAAGCAAGAUACGGUAGUUCCGUUGGGCCUUCGACAAGGGAAACCAUCGCAAAAGAGACCUUAACCUUCUCUUCUGAUAGAUUGGGAGAUACAGAAUUGCAUGACAACAUAUUCUUGGCAUGUGGCUUAGAGAAUCAAAACAUUCGCUUUCCACAACCGAAUAAAAUUGCUGGAGUAUUGGGAUUAGGGCCUGGAGGCCCUGGAACUUCUCCGAUAUGGAGCCAAGUACUAAAAAAACGCUUCUCUUAUUGCUUAGCUGCCUCUGAGCAAACCAGUUCUCGGUUACAUAUUGGAGAAGGUGCAAGGAUGGUAGGACCACAAGUUGUGUCUACACCAUUGGUGAAAGGAGCUAACCCUUCACUCUACUAUGUGGGAUUGAAAGAUAUUGGCAUUGCAGGGACUCGCCUUAGGAUACAAGGAUUAUACGCCGGUGGUUGCAUCAUAGAUACAGGAGCUCCGUAUAGUUCACUACUUCCUAAUGCUUAUGCCAUGGUGAGAAAUGGUUUUAUUCAGUAUUUCGCACAGUUUGGUAUGCAACCAUACGGUAAUGGAAGUAGACCAAGCGAUCUGCCUAGAUUUGAUCUCUGUUUCCCUAGGACGCCGCCUGGUUUUAGGUUUCCAACUAUGACAUUCCAUUUCAGAGGAGCUGAUCUUGUUGUGCAGCCUACUAGUGUUUUUGUAGUAGGGGCAAAUUUUAUUUGUGUUGCACUUAAAUCAAGCGACAAAAAAACAAUGCUUGGAGCUUAUCAGCAAACCCAACAUGAGUUCUCCUUUGAUUUGGAGAUUGGAAAUAGAGGAACUCUCUUCUUUGCUCCGAACAAUUGUGGAGCCCCUACUUGA